AUGGCUCCUCCCUCGUUCCCCAUCCAACAGAAACAGUCCCGGCCAGAUGAGUCUCGCAUGCAGAUCCUCAUCAUCGGCGCCGGGCUGGCCGGUCUCGGGACCAGCAUCGCCUGCCUCCUGGCCGGCCACGACGUGCACCUGCUGGAAGCCACCCACGAGAUCCGCGAGGUGGGCGCGGGCAUCCAGGUGCUGCCCAACAGCUCGCGCGUGCUGCAGCACUGGGGCCUCGCCCACGCCCUGACCCCCCACAUGACCGUCCCCCGCCAGUGCAACUUCCUCACCUGGAAGGGCCACCGCAUCUCCAGUCUCGAUUUCGCCGACUCGGAGCGCCAGUUCCCCGGGACCUGGUAUCGGGAUUUCCACCGCGCGGAUCUGCAGCGGUGCUUGCUGGAUCGCGCGGUCGAGCUGGGGGCCGAGGUGACGUGCGCGGCGAGGGUUGUGGAUAUUGUGGUGUCGCAGGAGGGGAGCCGGGCGACGGCCGUGGCGAGUGACGGGCGGCGGUGGACGGCCGAUCUGGUCGUCAGUGCCGACGGCGUCUUUGGGAAGCUGACCGAGGUCAUGCUCGGGCGUCCCGAUCCGCCCAUCAGGACGGGCGAUCUGGCGUAUCGGCUGCUGCUGUCGACGGAGGAGAUGCGCAAGGAUCCCGAGCUGCGGCCCUUCGUGACGGACCCUCAGGUGAAUUACUGGCUGGGGCCGGAUCAACAUGCCGUGAAUUACGUCCUGCGCAAUGGCGAGCUGUUCAAUAUGGUGCUGCUGGUGCCCGACGAUAUCCCCGAGGAGUCGCUGGCCUCGACGGUCGAGGGGAACGUCGAGGAGAUGUGUGCGCUGUUUGAGGGCUGGGAUCCGCGGAUCCAAAAACUCCUCAGACUCUGUCAAUCUGUCCACAAGUGGCGUCUCUGCAUCCGAUUCGGGGACUACGACUGGACGCAUCCCUCGGGGGCGUGGGUCAUGCUGGGCGACGCGGUGCACGCCACCCUGCCCUACCUGGCCUCCGGCGCGGGUAUGUCCUUCGAAGACGGCGCCGUGCUCGGGGAAUGUCUCUCUCGCCUGCCGACCGAUAUCUCCAAAACCUGCCCCGACUUCCUCUCCGCCAAGCGACACGCCCUGGCCGUGUUCGAGCAGUGCCGCAAGCAGCGCACCCAGAUGGUCGUCGAGCGCGGCAACCUGCAGCAGCAUUACUAUCAUCUGCAUGACGGGGAGGAACAGCAGGAGCGCGACCGGAAGAUGCAGAUGGUCCCGACCCCCGAGGGCGAGGCCCUGGCCUGGCGCGAUCCGGGGCUGGCUCCGAAGCUGCUGGGAUAUGAUCAUGUGGCGGAUGUGGAUGCGAAUUGGGAUACGGUCGGGGAGAAGUUGGCGAGGUUGUAGGGCCUGGACAGGGUCUCGGUUGGAGAGAGUCUGGAUCACUGGAUAUCUGGAAUAUAAUCCGCUGGUUGCGUCUUCCAUCACAAGUAUGCCAUCGACCUGGAUGUCUUGCAGAAGACAAAGAGGAUCAUGCUUCUUCCAUAUCUAAUUCAAAAGAAAUCAUGGUGAAGAGUGUGUCUCAAACAGAAAGACACCUUUAUGUCUAUAUACUACGGCGUGAUUUUGCAUCCUGUGGUGUCUUCACCUGUCGCUGAAAUCGUUUGGCCCCCCUAUCACGAAAGAACUGAGGGGGUUGGAGAGAGAUGACUGAUCCGGCAUCUAGGCUAGUUACAGCGACAGCGCAGUCUUCUGGCUGGUGGCUGGGAAC